AGCGACGGAUGUGACACAAAGAGAAAUGAAGCAAAUGAGAGAGAUACAGAGAGAAAGAGGGAGAUAGAGAGCAAGGAUAAACAAGGUGGUGUAAGAGUAGUAAUAGGAUGCCACCGUAAAUAAAAAGAAUGCAUGAUAGAGAGCGGGCGCGGGCAGUGGCGGUGGAUGUGGUAGCGGCGGUGGAGGAGGAAGAGGAGGUGGCGGUGGUGGUGGAGGGAGGUGGCCGAGCACGCAGGCGCGGCCGAGGGUCUGGGCGGGCUUGGGUCUGGGCUGCAGUAGUGAGGCUGUAACGCGAGGUGCUGGGAGUUGGUGGCGGACGUCGCUGCUGUUGUCGCCGCUGCUGCCGCCACCCCGACACUAAAACGCUGGCCCAAUGUUUAGAGCGUCAAGGAUUAUGUCCACGCGAAAGACACACAACAUGACUCAACUUGAUUACAAAACUGAGAAAGAAAGUUAGACAAACAAGAAAAUACACAGACGAAAAUAAACGAUAAAUGAAACAAACACAGAACAGAGAAACUUAAAGUGAAGAUGUGAUUGAAAGAAACCAACAAAAAAAAAAAAAAUACACAAAUACACAAAUACAUUGACAAUUAACUGUAACAAGUGAGGAAAAGCAAAGGAAAAUGCUUUAGACGUAUGAUAAUUUUGGCACUUCACCGGAGAGACUGAAAAUAAACAAUACAGGCAGAGGGAGUGACUGCACCUGGGUUACCUGAGGGCUGCAGUACAGGUGUGUGGACCGUCACCCUCACCUUCCACCCAACGAGGCACAACACUACCGGAGCGUCAUUACAUCUAUUACUAACGAGGCAGCCAUGUGGAGAAAGCAGAGUCGCCUGCUGUUCCUGCUGCUGCUGCUGCUGCUGCUGACCGCCUCCACCCCGGCCAGUGGCGGGCGGACGGGCGAGGGAGAUGCAAUCAAUACCGGGCAAGUCGAGGAGCCGCCCCCGCCCCAAGGCCGAAGCCGCCCGCUGCCGGUCACGCCCCUCCGCGCCCAGACCGAAGUGCCAAGGGUAAAUUCAUUACAGGGCAGAGCACAGCUUGAGGGCGCGGCGCCCACCACGCCCCGCGCCUCACAGUCUUCCACUUCACUGCAAUUCUUCCAUUCGUCUUCCUUCCACCACGCCCAGGCGGGCGUCUCCGCAGGUUCAGCCUCCCGCGGGCUGCGGGGACACCAAGGGCCCUCCACCACACCUGCGGGGGUGUUCUAUGGACACACGGAAGGAGGCAGUAUACUAAACCUUCCUCCCUCGGCUCCUCUUCCCCCUUUGAGGCCGCUGUGGCCAGACCCCCCGCCCUCCACACCGCCACCCACACCCCCCACGGCGUCGCUCCCAACACUUCCCGUUCCAAAGAGAAUAUCUCAGCCGCGCCAGGAAGCCCCGAACGGACGCCGGAAACACCGACGAGUGCUCAAAACCACCACCGGCGUCACCUCUGGCGGCAGAGGGCGCCGCUUCCCAGCCCCACGAGGAGACACCCCUGGGGGCCUGGGGCUGUCCCCUGGUACCCUCAGGGAGGCGGGACGGGACAGAGCUCUCCGUGGACAGUACAAAGCGUUGUGGCAGGACGAGGGCAGCCGGUACAUGGGUCUGCCGGAAGAGUCCGCGGAAGAUAUUGAGGAUCCUCUGGGAGAGGCUCUGUUAACGGAGAGGUUGUGGAACGCCACGGAGCGUCCUGCGCGCCCCUCAGCCUUGCACUCUGAGGACAAUCAGAACAAGAAACCGGCAAGAGAUUUUCCAAGUGAAUGGGUUGUGGAGGGUGAGUCAAUAGAGGAAGCCUCGGAGGGGCUCCCAGACACCCAAUCAAGGGGGGCCGUGGUGGAGGGCGGAGGGAGGGACGGCGGCCCGCCAGACACUGAUCACCAGGAAAUGACUCCCUUUCCCGGAGAUUCGACAGAAGGCGGCAUGAACGGCACACGGGUGGGCGGCGGCCCUCCCGUGGAUCUGGACGCCCUGGAGUUAGAGCUGGCGGCCAAAGAGGAGGAGGCCACCAGCGACCUGCUGCUGGCCAUCUCCAUCCUGCAGCACCACGAUCUCGCCUCGGACGAGGCUAGCGACCAGGCCCUCAACGCCACUGACGGGGCGGGCGGCCGUGCCAGACCCACCACAAAGACUACCCGCGGCAGAAGUCGCCCAACACUUCCGCCUCGAAAAGAAACCAACAAAUUUAACAUCGAAAUAUUUGACACUAUCUCCCCGGAGUCCGAGGAGGUGGUGGGGGAGGUGGAGGAGGUGGGGCCGCCGCCCGAGCCCCAGGAGGUGGUGCGGCAUGACAGUAGGCCACCCGCCACCGCGUCCAGGUACCGCUGGUUCGUGCUGGUGCUCGACGGGAACUGCUCCGUCAUCAAGCAGCGCAUGUCAGCCUUCGUCACCUUCCUGAAGGCGGCGCUGUCCUCCAAGCUGUCGGUGGACUACGAGGACGUGUUCGUGCCGUCAGUGUUCUGCGACAAGACCUUCAUGGUGAACAUCAGCCUGGACACGCUUAAGAACCCUGAGGUGGAGAGGCGGCUGCGCACACUGGCGGAGGCCAACACCACGCUGCUGGAGAUCUCGCAGGAAAUCUUCUACCUGGAGAAGAUUCUCACCAAGCGGUCCUCGGGGGAGAAGCAGCACGUGCACGCCGCGGUGAAGAAGCCUGACGACAUGGAGCUGGUCAUCUACAUCGCCGUGGGCUGCAUGUGUGUGUUCAUCCUGCUGUCCGUGGUGGUGGUGGUGCUGAUCCGCGUGUGUCGCCAGGAGGGAGACCACCUGGACAUGGGCAAGCCACAUCUGCACCACAUCAUCCCCCGCUCCCUGGACUUCCCCAUCAGGAGGCCCAACGUCAUCUACUCGCAAAGGUUCAGCCAGGCUCUGACGCCGGGCAAGUGCGGGCGACAGAUGGAGGAAGAGGCGCCGGCUGGUGGUGGCGGAGUGGGAAGCGUGGCGGUGGUGGCCGUGGGAGCUGGCCGUGGCUCUUACCUCAGAUACGACCCGGAGAUUGGUGGAUGCGGCGGCGACGUGUACAGCAUCGGGGCUUUGGCAGACGACCCCUACCACGACCGGCGGGCCCUCGUGCCUGCCAGGAAGCGAAUCACACACGUCCCCGGCGAGGACGUCAUCAUCGAGGAGGACCUGAUAGAGGAGGAGGAGGAAGAGGAGGUAGAAGAGGAGGAAGACGGCGAGGACGAGGAGGAGGAGGAGGAAGUUGAGGAUUUGAGAAGGCGAAGACGAAGACACCACCUUCAGGAGGACGAGGCGGAAAUUCUGGGCGAGCACCUACAUGACGAAGAGGAAGAGGAGGACGAGUCACAAAUCCCGCCACGAGAGCAAAUCCGCCCCAUCACCACCACAGGCUCCAAGGGCAUCGUCAGGACAGUACUGGGGAAGGGGAGGCGUGCGGGGGACAUGUGCAAGGCCAGGGGGGCGGAGGGGACGGGGCUGGGGACGGGGGGCAAGAGGGGUGUAUUUUCGGGGCUGGACAAUCCGUGUUAUAACAGAUGAUGCGACUCUCACGCGUCUCCUGUUGAGUCUGCCCCCGCCAAGCAUUGAAGGGGGCGCUGGGCUCUCUCUCUCUCUCUCUCUCUCUCUCUCUCUCUCUCUCUCUCUCUCUCUCUCUCUCUCUCUCUCUCUCUCUCUCUCUCUCUCUCUCUCUCUCUCUCGUACUCCGGCCUCUGUUCAAUCCUUAGAGUUUUUAAAAAUGCGACUCUUGUUCUCUCUCUCUCUCUCUCUCUCUCUCUCUCUCUCUCUCUCUCUCUCUCUCUCUGGUUUGUAAUGUCGCUGAGUUUUAUUACCUAUUUUUCCCCGCAAUCUGAUGCUCCGCCAUUUUUAUUCGUGUCAUUCAAAUUACAGUAACAUAUUAGCUCAUAACUUCGCUCCGAUUAAAAAUAAUAAAUAACUAAAUAAUUCCAUACAUUAAUAAAUACAAAAGUCAUAAAAAAUAAACACGUUACUUAUAAUACACAGUCCGCUUGUUAUCGACGCUAAUGACAUUUUUACAGAUGGAAGCUCUUUUUUAAUAAACUUGCUAUGUAUGUACGUAUGCGUGUAUGUAUGUGUACGUGUCAGUAUGUAUGUGUGGCCAGUGUAAACAGUGUAAACAAUACGUGCUUCUGUCCCUAACGCCCCCCCCCUCCCCCCUCGCUGAAAAUUUCUUACUUUCCCCCUUUAAAAAUAAAAGAAAAUAGACGCUAAAUUAAAUUAAAUAUCUCGGUUGAUUCACUCAUUUUGUAUAAAAAUAAACUUGAACUACAACACUUGCUUUAUACAUGAAUCGGAGGCACAACGGAGCAGCGGCAACUUUUAUUAAAGGUGAAAAAGCGUGAAUCUCAUCGCUUUCACCUGACCACGCCUGGCGGGCGCUCCGGGCUCAGCAGGGGGCCGUGGCGGGCGUGUUUUUACUUUGCUUUACUGUGGCUUUUUUUUUAUGUUCCUCCUUCAUCUUCCGUCCCUCGCGUCGUCGUUGCGUUUACAGAUAAUAUAUUAAACAACACAAUGGCGUCCGGAGGCAGGCUUGACAAUGCUCUUAGUGGUGCGCUCAUCAUUUCUCUCCCUGGUCUUUGUGGAAUAAAAAAUUUGGUGGCUUGGGUAUUUUUCAGUCGCUGUAGAUGAUAUCGUUUGUAAAAUGGUUAGCGUCAAAAUUCACCGUCCCCGAAAAUCGUACCUUUCCGCUAUAAUUACUACUCGCGAUGAGGUGAAUUCAACACUCGACUAUUUUUCCUUCCCUUUAAUGGACGAGGCACGAGCUGCAAUAUUGAGGCGGAAGCUUAAUUCUCUUCACCGAACACCACCUCACACAGCAGCGCGGGGCUCGAUGCGCGCGCGCGCACGCACACACACACACACACACACACACACACACACACACACACACACACACACACACACACACACACACACACACACACACACACACAUAGCAGCAGCAGUAUCCAUAAUAGAUAAGUGGAAUGCAUCAUCGGAGCAAGUAAUGUGUGCAAACACUAUACGUAAAUUCGAAGAUAGUAUGAGAGAACAUAAUAUGGUAAUUUGGAAUCAAAAGACGGAACAUUACAAACUUAACUCAACCCUCUAAAAAUACAUAUAGGGAAACACACACACACACACACACACACACACACACACACACACACGCCUCCAGGAAACACACACGAGUUAUAACCUGCCUUUGUUUAUUUGUUCCUAUUUUUCUCUUUCUUUUACUUUUUCCCUUCGCCAGCACCGCCGCUUUAUUAAACUAGUCAAGGCAUUGCCCCGUUCCCCAGAUAUUCGAAAGUUUAAUUAUUCAAACUCUGAUUCCCUUCCACCCCGCGCCCGCUGAAGGGAGGCAGGAAGGGAAUGCACGGAAAUUUUCACAUUGUUUAGCUACUCUUGAAAAAUGGACAGCAUGCACGAGACUGAUAAAAUUUCAUCAUUUUCUUUCCUAAACUUGCGCGGCGGUGCCCCCUCCCUUCCACCAGGGUAGUACUUUUACACUCUGCACUUGUAAAAUCAACACUUCUGAAACUCUUCCAUGAUUUAAUUACUCUUACGAAGUGGCUUAUGUUCAUUAUUUUCUUUGCCAUGCUCCCAGUUUACGUUUAUUAUAUUCGCACUUGCCAAACAAUUUUUUUUUUUUUUCAGUUACUCUUUCAAAAAAAGGUGUCAAGUUUGCAUGAGGCAGUUCAUUUUUUGUUUACUUCUGAUGCUUAUCUUUUCCCCCACAUUUAUCUAGCGCACAACUUCCCAUUGCCAGCACUCUCUCUCACGGUUAUUUCGAUAAAUAAAACAAAAAAUCGUUACCAUUACAAAACGUGGAGAGAAUGCAGGAGUUGUGCACUUCCACAAUCUUCCUUUCCCCACUCGUCCGGUGCUGCCCACCUUCCGUUUCCCUCCACCAUACUUCCACACAGUUAAAUUAUCAAAUCAUCACAUUCUAAUGCUGUUCUUGAAUAAUUAUAUAAAUAGGCUACAUCUUAUCACCUCCCACUCACCUGGGGCCACCCUCUUUCCGUUUUCUUCCCGGAUACACACAAUUCACUUACGAGUAAAUUUAACGAGUAAUUUAAAUAUGAGGAGUCUUAGUCACAGUACAUUCUUUCCUUGUCUGUCAGAGCCGCUCAUAGCUCCUUUUCUCUUCACCGGCUUCCUCGCACACACUUCACUCGCAGAAUUUAACAAACGUGCACAAGGGAAUCGGUUACAGUACCUUCUAUUCCAGUCUGUCAGUGUCUCUCAUUGCAUCUCUCUUCACCAGCUUCCCCGUACACUCUUCACUCUCGAAAUCAUCACUAAGCAGUCCCAAGUCCUCGUCCAGUGCGUCCCGUAUAAGUCCUCCGCUCGCUGGUAACUGAGAGGCAACAGGCGCGUUUCACUGUGUCCGGAGAUUCGACCCUCAUCCCAACGCAGCUUCGAAACACUAACCCGCUUAGCUUUUUGUGUUUAAAGUGGUUCUUUUUUUCCGAUCUCCCGUGACUUCACAGGACGAAUGUAUCUUAUACAUGUUUUAAAAAUCAAACGGAACGAUCAAAUUACAAACUAAGAAUCAGUUUUCAUCUCCCAGUGAGGAUAAUUCGCCGUACAUACUGUGCUUCGGAUGGUAUAAACCUCUUUUUUUCUUUUUUUCCUUUUUUUUUUUUCGAACGUGCAUCGUGUCCAUGAAUCAAUGUUCGAGUCACAGUUGUCUCUAGCAAGGUGUUUAGCCUGCUUCCAGUGAUGCCUAAACACUGUAUCUCGUGCAUAGCCAUAAAUACGUACGUGCAAACCGAUGUUUCCUAAGACUUGUAUCAGUAAUUAUGAUAUAUGCUUAGGGAAGGUCUUCUUUUUCUAACUGAAUGUUACUAUAAAAUGUAAGAAAGAAAACUACUUUGCUAUAUGACAGAAAACGGAUUAUUUUGACUGGUAACUACAGUAAUCUAGAAUGUGAUCAGCAUUGCUCAUGAGUGUGGUAGGUGCAGUAGUAGAAUUUGUUAUUUUCUAUCUUAGAUUUACCGAGGAUGCUGAUAUCUGUCCUAGCAUUAACAGCGAUGGUAUUGAAUAAACAUAGCUGAUAUAUAAUGUACAGUUAGCAGUCAGUUGUGAGAAAAAAAAACAAAACUUAUCGAGCACUGAUUAGACCGUCACGUUUAUAAGAGCAAUGUUCAGAAUAGUUGGUCUCGUGCACAUCUCCUCAGUCAUCUCUUAAACUAACCUAAGCUAACCUAACCUAACUUACCCUACCCUAACCCAACUUAACUUAAUCUAACCAGAUCUAUCCUUUCUGAACACUGCUUAAGGGUUUCCAAGUCAUUUCAGCAUCUUUAUUAACUUUAGUCUCUUUCAUCUAGUCUUGCCUGUGUAUCUUCAUUAAGUACUUAUACGCAGAGAGUCAGAGCAAACUAUGUAGCACUAUGUUUUAGACAAUAAUAGUUUUACAAACUUAUGUACAUGGUAGUUUGGUUUCUUCUAAUAAGUUAUGGCCUUCGUGCGUAUAGAUUACCUAGAGGAAACAAUACGAAGAUUAACCACCCAAGUUAAUACUUAAGGUUAGAUUACGUUGUAUAAGGUGAGGUAAUUAAACAUGCCUCUGAAAGUUAACUGUAUUUACAGUGACAACAAGGAAUCUGAGACAGAGGGAGAUAGGGAACGCACAAUGCCUGUACAGUAUGAAAGUUAUCCGCUCUCUCCACCUCGCAUUCCCUGCCAUGAUUAUCAAUACAGUAUAUUUAGAAAAAACACAUUGAAUUAUCCCACCUAAUACACAUUGGUGGCAGCGGUGGGAUACGAGCCCCAGAUUUCUAAGAGACUGGGUGCCUCAAAUCAGUUAUAUGUAAAGUUAGGUUAUCAAAGAUAACCUAACCUAACCUAACUUAACGCAGGUGUAGCUAGAGUGGUUAAUCUCCAUGUGAUCCUCUUAAUGUUUCUACAGAUGUUUCUGUAUUCAAAAGCCUCUUUCGCUUAGCUGGGUACAAAAUCUGUGUAUAUAUAUUCCCUUUAUGACGUGAACAGUGAUACUUCUCUUAAAGCACUCUGCUAUCACACACCCUGACUCACUGCAUCUCUACACUGACUCAUCACACGUUUCUCGUAAUACAAUGAGUCAUCACAUCUCUCUCUCUCUCUUACCACAUCUCUACACUGACUCACCACACAUUUCUCUUAACACACAGUCGCGCCACAUUUACCACACGGACGCAUCACAUUUCUACACUAACUCAUCACAUAAUCUCCUAACACAACACGUCUUAAUACACUAAAGCAUCACAAAUUCAUCUUAACACACUCAUUCGUUCCUUCUCCUAAAACAUCACACGACAUCCCUUAACACGCUAACACUUUCCUAAAUAUACACUCGUAAUACCAGAUCACAUAUACUACCCUAAACAUACUGAUAGAUCAUACACACAAGGUAAAAUAUCCACACACACACUCAUGUCCCCUCCUUCACUGUACGUUCCCUAUAUGUUUGCUCGUUAGAAACACAGCCACGCUUACGCACUCUUCACGUGCUUGGCUGGUGAAUACAUACUCUGUUUUAAAAGAUAUGCGCCUGGUUAUUCUCUAUUCUCAGUCGCUAGCAAGGCAUUCAAAGCAGCUUAUAUACGUCUCUCUCUCUCUCUCUCUCUCUCUCUCUCUCUCUCUCUCUCUCUCUCUCUCUCUCUCUCUCUCUCUCUCUCUCUCAUCACUUUCAUUUCUUCUCCUCUUUUCUUCCUCUUUCCUGAUUUAAUUUAUUCUUUAGGUGUAUUAAUAAUUUUUCUUCUCUUCACUCUUCAUUUUCAUUUCCAUUUCAUCCUCACUAUUUUGUCUCUUUGUCACUUCCUUUAACUUAAUGUUCUUCUUUUAUUCUUAUACUUCAUCAAUUCUUUACAUGUAUCCAAUAUAUUCCUUUUCUUCCUCAAUAUAAUUUCUCUCUCUCUCUCUCUCUCUCUCUCUCUCUCUCUCUCUCUCUCUCUCUCUCUCUCUCUCUCUCUCUCUCUCUCUCUCUCUCUCUCUCUCUCCGUGGACAAUAAUACACCCCACUGCCUCAAUUGUUCACAUCAUUGUCUCCCACUCGCCUCGUUUUAUCUUUUGUAUCUUUUCCGAUGUGAAUGCAAUCAGUGUAAAUGACUCGCGUGUGUGUUGGCGGCAGCGACAAAUGACUAGGUAUAAAUGAACGGACCCUUACCCUCCCACAGUCCUUUAAAUAUCCUGGAAAUCAUAUUUUCAAACCCCAUCUGAUUUUUUUCUGUUUCAAUAUGGGUGUGAAAUUAUUUAAGAAAACACUUAAAAUUGUAAAUGAUAGAUAAAUGAAAUGCUAAAAUUAAUAGUAAGUGUUUAAAUUAUGAAAAUAUGUGUC